UAUGUGUCUGAUAUGUGCAUCCGUUUACGUCAUGUUCACCACUGCGGUACCAAAUAGAGGCGAAAAUCUUUUGAUUAAUCACUGAGAAAGGAUUACUUCCCUCCAAGAAACUUCAACUGCGUUUUUUGCGGGGGGAAUUACGAAUUGACAGUGGAUUUAAUCGCGGUAUUCAGUUGCGUUCGAAUGGAUCGAACCAGAGCCUCUGCAUCAUCAGACGUCAUGUCAAUGAAUUGAGGCAAAUUGGAUAUUCAAAUUAAUAUCUAGAAGUUGUUCAUAAGAAAUUUCAACAAUGGCUGUGGAAAUACUGGACGUAGAUCACUUUGCCAUCAGUGCUGUUGUCACUAUUUGCAUGCAGCUGAUAUUCUUCUCAAUAGCCGCGACAUUUCAAAUGGACAAAGUCACGGAUUUUGCUGGCGGUGUCAAUUUCAUCAUUGUAGCCCUUUUGACGUUCUAUCUCGGUCAAGAAGGAAAAACUUACGACAGUCGUCAAUUGAUGGUGACAGUGAUGGUAUGCAUCUGGGGGGCACGAUUGUCCCUCUACUUAUUCUACAGAAUCCUCAAGAUUGGCCGAGAUAAACGUUUCGAUGAUCGCAGGAGUAACGUCAUAAGAUUCGCUGUCUUCUGGUCGUUUCAAGCAAUCUGGGUUUACGUCGUGAGCUUGCCAGUGAUACUGAUCAACUCCCCUCGGCACAAAAUUCCAAUAGCUCCGAAAACAAUGACGACUCUGGACAGCGCUGGAACUGGUUGCUUCGUCAUUGGGCUUCUAGCGGAGACUUACGCUGAUUUGCAAAAAUUUGCGUUCAGGCAGGAUCCGGUUAACAAUGGAAAAUGGUGCAACGAUGGAUUGUGGAGCUUCUCAAGGCAUCCAAAUUACUUCGGAGAAAUUCUCGUGUGGUGGGGAAUUUUCGUGAUUUCGUUAAAUGUUAUCCAGGGAAUAGAGUGGGUUGCGAUCGCCUCGCCAAUUUUUACAACGUUCAUAUUACUUUUUUUAUCGGGAAUGCCAUUGUUGGAAAAAUCAGCGGAUGAGAGAUACAGAGAUAAUGCGGAGUACCGGCAGUACAAACAGUCAACGUCCCCCCUGAUUCCCCUGCCCCCGACAAUUUACUCGGAAGUUCCCUGGUUCCUCAAGUGCUUCCUCUGCUGUGAAUUUCCCCUGUACGAUUCCCUAGAUGUCAAGCCACGUUCAGCUGUCACGGAAUCAACGUCGAUCAGCCUGGCAGCGUCCACGUAGCUAUAAAUUCACGUCGGGUUUUCACUGCUUUGAAUCCCGGCGUUUCUUCAUUUCAAACAAUUUUAUUUUUGUACGAUUUGUUGUGAUUAUCAUUUUUAUUUGUUGCAAUUCUUCAAUGACUUUUCAAUUCUGUAUAUUCUUAUUAUGUUCUCGUUAUUCUUGCAUUCGAUGAAAUUUUAUAUUCUGUUUUCUAGCCUUCCCCAAAAAGUUGGAUUUUUUCGUAAUUUGUCCAUAGUUUCUUGAUUUAUAAACUGAAGUUGUUUAUUCGAAUUUCUUAUUAUUCUUUAAUCGUUACUAGGUAGAGUUUAAUCAAAUGAAAACAAAUUUAUUCCAAAGGAAAAUAACUGUGUGGAAUAAAAUAAUAAGACAAGUUGAAACUGCGAACAAUUCUCUGAAGAAAACAUCAUAAUCUGAAUUGAUAAUCUGAUUGAUUGAUGUUACUGCACUAUUCACUUAUCUGCUUAUCUUAUUCUGUAACAGGAAUAUUCUGGAAUAGCUGAAAAUUCAAUUUAUCGAUGGACAAUUGAGCCAAAGAGUGAUAGAGAAUCGAAAAAAGUGACAUUCUGUGAAUGCUAUUUUCUGAAUUGUUUUUGGAUCGAGAGUGAGAGAUGAAGUUUAAACCCUGACAUGGACCCCCUGGGGUCGCAUGACAGUUCAUAUCUCCUGACAAAAUGCAUAAUUAUUUGAUUUCAAAGGGAAUUUUAAUGUUGAGAAAAGCGUUUUUUGAUAGUCUUCUAGAAAAUAACAUAUUUUGUUUUUCUAUGAGACAUUAGGAGAAAUUAAAUUGUAUCUGACGGCGUAAGACCUGUCAUUGGGAGCCAAAUUUGAGGGUACAUAAGGUUCUCUGAGAUAGAUAAUCAUUUUGUAACAAUUUAUUGAUUGACAUGACCUACUGUUCAUGUCAGGGAUUAAAAGAAUAAAUCUAGUCUGUAAACGAACAAUUUAAGCUCAACGAGAAAUAACGAGUGUUGAAUGCAGAAAUUCUAUUUAACUAGGGGAAAAAAAUACGAUAAAACUCAAGAAAUACCGAGUUGGUGUCCAACGAUGACGUAUUUAUAAACAAAAAAAACAGGAUUGAAGAUAAAAUUUAUCCAAAGGAUGUCUUCUAGACUGGACCAAUAGCCAAAGAGGGGUAUAGCUAUAUCAAUUAGAUGUUAUUAGGUUUCAAAAUUUUCCGAGGCCUCAUUGUAAUGCAAUUACGUGUGUACCAACACUCUGGUCCUCUCAAAAUACAGUUAACGUCCUCAAUGGAGUGAAAUGCAAAUGGAUCUGAUCAUAAUUUGCUCUGAUUUCACUUCAUCAAGGGGUUUCGUACGUAAAAGGUGAAUAAAUGAUGAAAUUAUUAUUUAUCUCACGAAAUUAAUCAACUGAUUAAGAAUUUAAAUUUUGUAAAACUCCAUUUCAAUUCUUAAUUAUUUGGAAAUAAGACCUACAGAAUUGGAAAAAAUACAUUGUGUGAUAAUUUGUGGAUUGACCUCAUAAUAAACCUUUUACAAACGAAAAACCUUAAAAAAUCAUUCAACAAAUUGUUGUCUCAAGCUCAGUCCUAGCGAAUGCUUCCAGUGCAUGAGAAAGAACUUCUUAGCUCUAAGAGAACCACAGAAGAAAACUAAAAAUUCAAAUUUCUGUGUGUCCUGUAAAUUCGAAGAAGCCUUAGUAUUUCGUAAAGAAUAAAAUUGUAUCACUAAUUAUAAUUAAUCAAAUCAAUGGGGAAAAUUAAAAAAUGCAGUUGCAUCUAGUUGAAUCGAUGAAUAAAGCAAAAUUACUAAUGAUAAUAGGGGCGUAAAUAUUUAGACAAUAGAUUUAAUGGAAAAACGAAUUUAUUUCUCUUAAAAUUUGUACAUAAAUUCAAAUCGCCUAGUUCACUAAAUAUUAAUCAAAAAUAUGAGUCUUCAACGAGAGAAUAUUAAUUAAUAGGUAUGUAAGAUGGUAAGGGCCCUAUAGGGGGUCUUCUAGGGCGUACUUCCUCAGCAAUUGGUUGUGAUUUCAUCUCAGUAUCGCCAGUGAUAACAGAAACAUCGGGCUCCUCCGAUGAUUUGUGCACCAUCUUCAUUACCCUAAUUUUCUUAUUGAUAUUGGACUUUUUUCUCUCUAAAGCGUCGUUACUACAGCUAUCAUCGUAAUAUCUCUUUUUACUGUCAUCGUGAGAUGAAAUGUCAACCGAUUUUCUCAGUGAUCUUGGCUUGUUGAAUGAGUUUAAGGGUCUUGGAAGCCUCAGAGUAUUUUGCUGUGGUAACAAACAUGUUUUAUGAGGAUAUGGACAAUUCUUACCUUUUGCACAUUUCCCGUACUUGUCAAAUUCAGGACAAAUGUUGGUAUGACGCUCUUUGCACUGUGAAAUAAUUUGUUGGAUGAUAAAUAGUUAAAGAAAUUUGGAAAUUAUAUCACGUGGCACGUUGCAGCGCCAUUGAUUUAUUGUGAAAUUUUAUCAUAUCAAGUUGUAAUGUUAUUGAUUCUGUUAUUUAUUGGAGAAUAAAGAGAUUGAGAUGUUUGGAGAUUCAAAAUAUUUCUGCAGUGGUACUGUACAUUCUACAGUUACAGAUCGAUUGAGACAAUAUUGUUCAAUUGAAUUGAAUUUCGAAAAUUUGAAAGUGAGAAUGAUCUUAAAUAUUUCAGAAAUGGCGAAUUCCAUUCAAAGAUGGUUCUUAUGAUCGUUUUCGUAAGUGGAAUUGGUUGAGUCAUAAGAUUACAGGAUACGUUUGCACUUGAUGGAAAAUUGAACAUAAAAUUUUAUUUCAUAAAGAAACAUUCGUCUUAAUUCGAGAAAAAAAUCCCAGAAAUUUGAAGACAUGAAUGUAAUUCUGAGGAUUUUCUAUUGGAAAUGACAGAUUAAAGUUACCAUCAAUGUUUUAAAUAAUUACUUUUAAUCAAGGAAAAAUAUCCUUGUGUAUUUGAUCAUGACUUUCCAGUCGAAACGUUAAAAUUUCAAGACUUUAAUUCAAUUCUAAAGAUCUCUUAAUGCAAUUUUGGAACGAAAAUUGUCAAAAAAAUAGAUUAAUAUCACCGAUCAGUGUAAAAUUAUAAAGAAUAUUCUGUUACACCUGGAAAUGUUGAAAAUCUCAAUCAAUUUGAUCCAAUAAAUUCCAGAAUAAAUUGUACCAUUGAAAUUAAGAGAAUGUGAAAAUGAAUUACCUGAUCACCCUUGGCACAGUAUCCUCGGAGAAAUGGCACGCAUAUCGGGGUAUUCGCCGAAACCUUGACAUGGAGAUACUGACAAUUAUCACGUGUGCAGCAGCCCUCGAGGAAGUACUUGCACGUUGGCAUUUUCUCAGGCCCAACGUCGUGCGACAGUGGACAAUUAUCGAGAAGGCAUUUACCCUGGAGGAAACUAAUUUUCGAGAUAUUGAUCAGCGAGGUUUUGUCAUUCAGUUGAGGAAUGAUUGUUGGAAUAAUCAAAACUACAAGUUAAUUGUUAGAUAAUGAACGUGAAUCGUUUGUUGAUGAGCUGACGAUGUAAAAGAAUAACAGAUUUUCAUAGAAUUCGGUGCAUGCAGAAUUAAUAAUUUGCGAUAAGGGCAUAUGUACUUUUUACAUAGGGCUACUUGUUUCUUGUCAUGUACUUUGGGGCAGGUACCCUUGAUAUGUUUAGCACAGUAGCCAAAGCGUUGAAAGAGGAGACAUGGCUGAUUAUUUUUGCACAUCUUGUGUCGUAAUAUUUGUAAUGACCUCUGUUUCACUCGAUUGCUGAAAAAUAAAUUAAAGUGUGAGAUUAAA